AUGGCAGAAGAAACUAACCCCUCAUCACCAGCAGCAAAUCCACCGAACAAAUGGAAGCUUCCUGAUGGAAUUGAGGAUCACAUUGAAGAUGGAUUAAUCAAGAGCGCAAUUGGUGCAACUGUUGGAGGCGUUUUCGGAAUGAUAUUAUUUCGCUCCGGAGGUGGGAUGCGCUCUGCUAGCGUUGCUGCGGGAGUUGGUGCCGCCGUUGGAUCUACAUACGAGCGUUUCAUGUCGUCUCAAAAAUAG